UUGUCCUAUCCAAAUUUGUCUAUGGAUGACAACCGACUUUACUAGCAAGCAAUUUUCUUGAAAAGAUUUAGAGAAUCUAGAGAUAAUUGGGUGAGUAUGGAGAGUGAGAGAGAGAAAUGCAGUGCAAAGUAUACUCAUAAAAUAAGAAAUCGUGAAUUGUCCAAAGAUCCGGGGAGUAAAAAGAAAAGACCCAAAAUGUGCCUUCUAACCUUUUUAUUUAUAGAAUUUGAAAUGUUAUGGAGAGACAAUAAAAGGUAAAAAUAUAAGUACAAUAUUGAUAAUGAUCCAUCACAAACUAUACAUGACGCGUGGCAUGAGUAGAUAGGCACUUGCAUGUGAGUGUGUUGGGUAAGAUGGAGGGACUGGUUUUAUGGUUGAAGUGAUAUUAAGACUAGCUUUGGUCUGUCGUCUACCAUUUUUUGAUGUUCUCUUCAUCUUGCUAUAUGAAUUUGUGAUUCCACAAUCAUAUAUAUCAGUGUAAACCGUGUUUUAAAGGAGGAAAGGAUGGUGAAGUACAUUCAUCAGGCGAAGUUUCAAAUUUUAGCAGAGAAUAUCAUGGAAAUGAAAUGAUAAGUUCUUUUUAACAUGAGAGAUCGCCGCAGCAUUAGAGCUGCUCUGUUUGAUGGCAUUGAAGAGGGAGGAGUACGUGCCUUAUACAAUAAUCAUGAUAUUGAUGAGCAUGACAAUAACAUAGCUAUUGAUGGGCUACAGGAUAGAGUUAAUAUUCUCAAGGCACUGACUGGGGACAUACAUGAAGAGAUGGAGACUCAUAAUAAGCUAUUGGAUAAAAUGGGCCACAGCAUGGAUGCUUCCAGAGGAACCCUUCAUGGAAACCUGGAUCGUUUCAAGAAGGUGUUUCAGAGCAAAUCAAACCGUCAUAUGGCAGCAAUUGUGGCUUCAUUUAUCGCAACUUUUUUCCUCAUUUAUUAUCUCAUCAGAUGCUUGUCUGCAAUUGAAUAACUCAAUGAGCAACAAUCUUUUAAUCA